GUUGUAUUCAUCUGUGUGAUCAUUAUGCUGCAACGUCGAAAGCUUUCCCCGCAAGUGGGCCAAGGAGAAGUUGUUGGUUCUUCAUUUUGUUUUCGUGUGUGGUGUUGAAGAAUUUGAAUUUCUAGAGCUAGACCCGUCUCCGUAUUUUCGUCACGACAUGGCGGUGUUGCUGCGUCGGUCGCGGAUCUUACGCGUCUCCGCGAAGCGUGGGCUGCCAAAGGUUCAUCCUUCCACAGGGCUGGUUUUGAAGAAAGGUAAGGGGCAACACAUCCUGCACAAUGAAGGCGUAUUGGACGUCAUUUUGGAGGCCGCAAGCUUACGCCCCGGUGUCGACACCGUGCUGGAAGUUGGGCCUGGGACCGGCGUCCUAACCUUGAAACUGUUGGAGCACGCAAAAAGUGUGGUCGCCAUUGAUGUGGAGAAGGCCAUGCUUCGUGAGGUUAAGUUUCGAGCAGAAAGCGCGGGACUGCUACGCUCCUUGGUCGCGCCAUAUGCUUCCUCACCUGGGGAGCGCGAAACAGAAACAGAAACACACCACGAUGCGACCAGUUCGGCGACCAGUUCGUCGGACCCUAAAAAAGGUCUGGCUCUUUCUGCUCGGAGUCGAGCGAGCGGUGAAGUCGAUCACAUGUUCGUGGUGGAAGAGGAUUGCGAUGAUGCAGCCGCACCCUUUGCACCGAGCCUGAUGCUAUCCAGUGCAAGUAUAUCUGGGACGGGAAGUAGAAUGAGAGGUUUGGCGUGCUCGGCUAGCAUGACUCUCACGGCUGUCUCAUACACAUGACCUCCCAAAAGCCGCACUUUUCUGUUCUGCACAAACGCUUUAUUUUCUCAUGCAGAAUACGUAAGCGGUACUAGCUCCAACGCGAACGUCUAGCAAGGCAGAAACUUGUCAUGCUGGGCCAUCAAAAAUUGUGGCGUCCUCAUGAUUCGCUAACGAACAUGACAAGGCGGCCGAUCCAGAUGUAUAAUUAUUUUGCGUUUGAUAGCUGCCGAGUUGGAGUUCUGGUUUGGCGGGGGAACAAGUAGGAGGAGAACUAGACUUGGACCACGACACAGGAAAAGAACCGCAGGCGGCGACGCAAAGGGCGCAGGAGCUAUUACCGUCCGACUCACGGGCGACGUUAUUUCCAACCGUGCACCGCAAAACGAAAAAGAUAAGAAAAAAGCGUGGGGUGCUCGAUGAGGAAGAGGAUGACGGCGAAAUAGGGACAGAACACCUUGGUACAACGUCGUGGAUUCCACAAGAGCAGAGAAAUCCGGAGGGAGCGAAAAAAAAGAAGAAGUUGGCACAAUGCAUGUACCCUGAGGAACUGCACCGCGACAUGAAUCUCCGACUUUAUCACGGGGACGUGCUCGACCAAAGAGUCCAGCAGCCCUUCGACGUGUGUGUGGCCAACCUGCCCUACAAAAUCAGCACAAAGUUUGUGUACUGGCUGUUCGGCCUGCUCGGCUCGCCCACCUCCCGGUGGAAGCGGGCGGUACUCAUGUUCCAGGCGGAGUUUGCGGAGCGCCUGUUGGCCGACCCGGGAGAGCAUAAGUUCAACCGUCUUUCGAUGAACGCACGGUUGUUUGUGAAGACCGAAAAGAUCAUGGACGUGAAGGCGGGAAGCUUCAUUCCGCAGCCGCAGGUAAAGAGCACCAUCGUGCGAUUGACACCCAGAAAGGAGUUUUUGUGCGCAGUCUCUAGUACUACGCCCUCGAGGAGCAGCUCGGGCUGGCCGCUGAUGCCGCUUGCGGCGGGAAGUGCUUGCUUUCCAUCACAAAAUAUUGGCGGUGGUUCAGUACAACGGAGUUCAGCUGGUCCCGGUCCCCCCCUCUCGGAGGAGGAAGAUGAAGAGCAGCGAGGAACAGAGCAUCGCCCUGCGGACAGCACUGGUAUUCAUUUUGCACAGCAGGGAAACAACGCCAGCACGGUUUCUUUUGUGGAAUGGAACACGUUUAUGAAGAUCAUUUUUCAGCGCCGCAAGCGGUCAUUGAACGCGACGUUCCGACUGCGGUGCGUCCAAAACUUACUGGAAGAAAAUUUUCGGCAGUACUGCAGCCAGUCCGGUGGCGAUCGGCCCUUGAGGAUGAUCGGACGGACCGUGCGAGACAUUUGCUUGGAGCGAAUGGGGGAGAAAUUGGCGGGCCGUUGUGCGGCGGAACUUGACAGCCGAGUGUUGUUGAGGCUACUGCGAGAUUUGCACUUGCAUGGCAUCUUCUUUCACCCGGCAACGGUCACCGCUGCUGCUUCGGAAAGCAGAAAUUCGCGGAGGACCUCCCAUGCUGCUGAUGCGGAUUUUGGCUCGAGUGGAAAUAGCGACAGUGCUGAUCCUACCGAGACGAGAUCCGCCGUGAACGAAGCAACGAGCAACGCUGAAAGUGAGUUGCCGGCGACCCAUGCGAUUGGGGCAAAGGUCAUGCAUUUCCACGACAAAAGUUCUCUCAGCAGCGAACCUCCCGCAUCAAGUAUUUGCACUAGCGACGAGGAAAACACAGAGGACUGGUACAGCUACAAGUCGAGUUGCAGAACAGGCGACGGUGAGAUAUCGAGCACCGAAAAUCUCAAAACGAGUUUCUCGUACCGGGGUGGCUGUCGAGCUAGUCCAAACUAACCAGAAACACGGACAUCGACGGCGGUCUUGCAUGCAUGUCGGCUAUUGGUGGAGUUGUGGCGAAGCAUCGACAGGCGGGGGUCUCACUGACCCGUGAUGCAUAACAUAUAACGACAAGCAGGAUUGAUCAGGUUUCACGAUACCGAAUAGUCGCAAGUUUUUUACAGUUCUGUCUAAUAUGUGGUCGGUGCGAUCCAUGUAGUCAUCCUCAGUCCUGUGCCUCUCCUCACUUCUUACAAAAAUUUCAGGGGACAUGUGGGUACUUCGCAUUCUGUACAAGUUGUAACUUACGGCAUCUGGCUUUAUGAUGAAGAGAAUAUCUACGAUGAAAUUGCUGGUGUUGUACGAACAAUGCGUCGGGAGCCCUUGAUGCUCGAUGCGCUUCCGAGGAAAGAUUCCAGAUGUGCCUCCUGGUUUUCAGGGAAGAUCAUCGUAGAAAAACACGCUUCAGAUUAAAUGUUGAGCGGUCUGAUAUACUACUUUUCAUCUGCGGAAAUGCGCAAAUCUAAUCCCCG